AUGCCCAUUGGGAUGUCUCCUUACAGGUUAGUGUUCGGCAAGAUGUGCCACUUGCCUGUUGGACUGGAGCACAGGGAAUACUGGGCGGUCAACGAGAUUAACAUGAACCCUCAAGCUUGUGAGGAAGAAAGGAAACUGCAGCUCCAGGAGCUGUCCAGGCUUAAGCUGAUGCCAGGAAAGAUAAAGUCCAAGUGGAUCGGACCACAUACUAUCGUUGGCCUUCGUGCAAAUGGAGCAGUAGAGAUCCAAGGAGGUGCCUCGAAUUCCGUGCAUUUCCUCGUCAAUGGUCAUCGCGUGAAGGUAUUUAGGGAUAACUCGGAGCAGUGUGUAGUGGACAAAGUGCCUUUACGCGCACUCCCUGAUAUCUCCUAA